AUGGCUAUAAUCAAAAGAGGUGCUAGAAACAAGACGGCAGCCGAGCCUGCUAAGAGAUCUGGCCAGAUCAAAAAGGCCACUUUUGAGUCUGGAAAGAAGAAAGAGGUUGGCGUUUCGGACUUGACAUUACUUUCUAAGAUAUCAGACGAGUCGAUCAAUGAAAAUUUGAAGAAAAGGUUCUUGAACGGUACCAUUUACACGUAUAUUGGACAUGUACUGAUCAGUGUCAACCCGUUUCGUGAUUUGGGGAUCUACACCGACAGCGUGCUUCGCAGCUACAUGGGCAAGAACAGAUUGGAGGUUCCCCCACAUGUUUUUGGUAUUGCAGAGUCCAUGUACUAUAACUUAAAGGCCUAUAACGAGAAUCAGUGCGUUAUUAUUUCAGGAGAAUCUGGAGCAGGGAAAACGGAAGCCGCAAAAAGAAUCAUGCAGUACAUUGCAGCUGCAUCUGACACGCACUCUGACUCGAUCGGGAAAAUUAAGGACAUGGUGUUGGCAACCAAUCCUUUACUGGAGUCGUUCGGGUGUGCCAAGACUUUAAGGAACAACAAUUCUUCAAGACAUGGAAAAUACCUGGAAAUCAGAUUUAAUGCCCAGUUCGAGCCAUGUGCGGGAAAUAUCACCAAUUAUUUACUGGAAAAACAGAGAGUCGUUAGCCAGCUCAAGAAUGAGAGGAAUUUUCACAUCUUUUACCAGUUCACUAAGGGCGCAUCGGAAAACUAUAGACAAACCUUUGGCAUACAGCCCCCAGAGCAGUAUGUUUACACGUCAGCAUCUGGGUGCACGUCAGUGGACACAAUCGACGAUACAAAGGACUUCCAGGACACAUUAAAAGCCAUGCAGGUGAUAGGAAUCACACAGCAAGAACAAGACGAAGUCUUCAGAUUUUUGGCCGCUAUUCUUUGGAUCGGAAAUAUUUCGUUUGUGGAAAACGAAGAGGGUAAUGCCAAAGUGCGUGAUACUUCAGUAACAGACUUUGUGGCAUACUUGCUCCAGGUGGAUUCGCAGCUGCUGUGUCAGUCCCUAAUUGAAAGAGUUCUGGAAACUAACCACGGCAUGAAAAGAGGAUCUGUUUACCAUGUGCCACUGAACAUCGUGCAAGCCACCGCUGUCAAAGACGCUUUAGCGAAGGCCAUUUACAAUAAUCUCUUCGACUGGGUGGUGGAAAGGGUCAACGUGUCUCUGCACGCUUUUCCAGGAGCGGACAAGUCGAUUGGUAUUCUGGACAUCUAUGGAUUUGAGAUUUUCGACUUCAACUCCUUCGAGCAGAUCUGCAUUAAUUAUGUGAACGAAAAGCUGCAGCAGAUCUUCAUUCAGCUUACCCUCAAAUCUGAGCAAGAAGAGUAUGCUAGAGAGCAAAUCGAGUGGUCCCCAAUCAAAUAUUUUGACAACAGAGUGGUAUGUGACUUGAUCGAAGCUAAGAGACCCCCUGGUAUUAUUGCGGCAAUGAAUGACUCUGUUGCUACAGCACAUGCAGAUUCUGAUGCUGCUGAUCAAGCUUUUGCACAGAGGCUCAACCUUUUCAACAGCAAUGCCCAUUUCGAUCUGAGAGGAUCAAAAUUCGUAAUCAAGCAUUAUGCUGGUGAUGUAACGUAUGACAUCUACGGAAUGACUGACAAGAACAAAGAUCAAUUACAAAAAGACUUGGCAGAACUAAUUGAGACUACAAGUAAUUCAUUUUUGUCCACUAUAUUCCCCGAUUCCGUAGAUCAUGGAUCUAAAAGAAGGCCGCCUUCUGCAGGUGAUAAAAUUAUUAAGAGUGCAAACGAACUUGUUGAGACGCUGUCGAAGGCCCAACCAUCGUAUAUUAGAACGAUCAAACCCAACCAGACAAAGUCGCCCAAUGACUUCAAUGAUGCACAAGUGCUGCAUCAAGUCAAAUACCUUGGUCUUCAAGAGAAUGUGCGUAUUAGAAGGGCUGGUUUUGCUUACAGGCAAACUUUUGAUAAAUUUGUGGAACGAUUCUACUUACUUUCGCCGCAAUGUUCGUACGCAGGCGAUUACACUUGGAAAGGAGACACACUUGACGCUGUUAAACUCAUACUGAAGGAUGCAUCCAUUCCGACAUCGGAAUAUCAACUUGGUGUCAGUAAAGUCUUUAUCAAAACGCCUGAAUCGCUCUUUGCACUCGAAAACAUGAGGGACAAAUAUUGGCACAACAUGGCUGCUAGAAUCCAGAGGGCCUGGCGCAGGUUUUUAUUGAGAAGAAUCGAUGCAGCUAGUAGGAUUCAGCGAGCUAUAAGAGAGAAGAAAGGCGGAAAUGAGUUCGAAAAGCUCAGAGACUAUGGAACUAAACUGCUGGCUAAUAGAAAGGAGAGGAGAAGCAUGUCUCUUUUGGGUUAUAGGGCAUUUUUGGGAGAUUAUUUAUCCUGCAAUGAGUCAAAGUCUAAAGGAGCCUAUAUCAAAAGACAAGCAGGCAUUUCGGACAAAGUUGUAUUCUCCAUCAACGGUGAGUCGCUGCAUUCAAAGUUCGGGCGGUCGGCGCUUAGACUGAGGAAAACCAUAAUACUAACUCGUUCAACGCUGUACGUGAUUGGUCAAACUGCCGCCCAAAAUCAGAUCACGUACACCGUUGACAAUAAAGUUGACGUGAAUCAAAUCAAAUUUGUCAGUCUCACAAAUUUGCAAGACGAUUGGAUUGGUGUCUUUGUAACAAACCCGACGCAACCAGAUCCUCUUAUCAACACGCCAUUCAAGACAGAGCUGAUAACCCAUCUCAAAAAAUUGAACAGCAAAAUCGAGGUUAAAGUUGGUCCUACGCUGGAGUAUCAGAAGAAGCCCGGCAAAGUUCAUCUCGUCAAAUGUCAGAUAAAUGAGUCCGCUCCCAAAUAUGGAGAUUUUUACAAAUCUAGCACAAUUUCUGUUCGCAAAGGGCAUCCGGCGAAUUCGAAAUCGAAACCAAAACCUAGAAAAGCUCCAGCGAAACCACCGGCACCACAAACUAGGCAGAAGAAAGUUCCCCCAGCUCCUCCUGCAAAAAAACAGAUUCCAGCUACCACCAUGUCAAAUGCAACGGCAAAUGUUGCUGCGUCUGCUGCACAGGCUGUUUAUCACCCACAACAGACGGCUCACCGGGGAAGCGCGACUCAAACAAACAAUCAACCAAAUUCUGGAGGUGCUCUCAACGGCUCGGUUAAUCGCGACACUGAAAGAAAACCAGCAACAUCUUACAGCGAGCCAGUCAAAAAAUCAUACGUUCCUCCGCCGCCACCUCCACCACCACCAGUUGCAAAGCCUGUGGCGCCCAAGUUUGUAGCAGCAUAUGAUUUUGUUGGAACCGGAUCGCCUUCGGAGCUACCUCUCAAACGUGGCGAUGUCGUCUACAUCUCUAAACAAGAACCAAGUGGUUGGUCGCUAGCCAAGACUCUUGACGGCUCUAGGGAAGGCUGGGUGCCAACAGCUUACAUGGCUGAGCACCACGACGCUGAAUCGGCGGCCCCAACGCGACAUGUGGAUACUUCCUCAUCGAGUGCGACCAAUUUCGGUGCUGUGGCAUCGGGUGCGAUUGUCGGCUCAAAUGCGGCUUCUACUGCGGUUUCCGCUGAUUCGUCUGCCAAUGUAUCGACAGACGCUCUUACAUCGGCCCUUGCGGCGCGAGCUGACAAAAUGCGCCAAGAAAGCGACGAUGAAAAUGAUCAAGCUUCUGACGAUGAUUGGUGA